CAAGAGGAACUUACAACGCAGCCCCGAAAAGCUACGCUGAAUCAUUGCAGUACUUCCUUGCAACAUAUGCCAGAUAAGAUCAACAUAAUGGCACUGUACCAAGAAUAAAAGUGCGUUCUUACACAGAUUAUGGAUUGCUGGAAAGGAGCCAUAUGCAGCAGUUGGAUUUAUCCCACGCUCAUCAUCUGUGUGAAUGGGUUUUUCUCCACAAUGAGACCUUCGGAGUCUUUUCUCACACCUUACUUAACUGGACCAGACAAAAACCUAACAGUUGAGCAGGUUACCAACCAGGUUUUCCCAGUUUGGACAUACUCCUACCUCGCGCUCCUUGUCCCCGUCUUCCUGAUUACUGACUACGUGCGCUACAAGCCCAUCCUCCUCCUCCAGGGCAUCAGCUUCAUUGUCACGUGGCUCCUGCUCCUCUUUGCACAGGGGCUGGUGGCCAUGCAGGUGAUGGAAUUCUCCUACGGGAUGGUGACAGCCACCGAGGUUGCCUACUACGCCUACAUCUACAGCGUCGUCAGCGCUGAUCGCUAUCAGAGAGUGACGAGCUAUUGCAGGAGUAUCACUCUCGUUGCAGCCACCCUUGCUGCUGUGCUGGGACAGCUCCUGGUUUCCUUAGCAGACGUAUCCUACUUUCACCUCAAUGCCAUUACUCUGGCUUCCGUGUCCCUGGCCUUUGUGUGCUCCUUUCUCCUCCCAAUGCCUCAAAAGAGCAUGUUCUUCCAUAGGAAAGGCCCCUCAGAAACCCUCCCACAACCAGACAAAGUUGUGGCUGGGCUCAGUUCCAACACGUCAUUGAGCUGCCAAGCGGACAAGGACUGCGCAGCUGCUGACACGGGAGCGACUCCAGCGCAGCAGGCGCAGCAGCCCGAGCCCCAGCACCACGUGCUGAGAGUACUGGUGCAGCUGGGCAAGGACCUGAAGGAUUGCUACAGCUCUAGGAAGCUGCUUUACUGGUCCCUGUGGUGGGCUUUGGCUACGGCAGGCUUUAACCAAGUUGUGAACUACAUCCAAGUGCUGUGGGACUUCCGAGCCCCAUCUCACAGCUCUGCAGUGUACAAUGGAGCUGUUGAAGCAGUGGCAACAUUUUUAGGUUCAGCAACAUCCAUGGCAGUUGGAUACGUCAAAGUGAACUGGGAUCUUUCUGGAGAACUGGCUUUGGGAAUUUUCUCUGCAAUGGAUGCUGGUUCUCUGUUUCUCAUGUUCUUUAUUGACAACAUCUGGGCAUGUUAUGCUGGUUACCUUGCAUUUAAGGCAUGCUACAUGCUCCUUAUAACAAUAGCAACGUUCCAGAUUGCUGUUAAUCUUAGCAUGGAGCGUUAUGCUUUGAUGUUUGGCUUCAACAACUUCAUUGCACUGGUGAUCCAGACAAUUUUAACCAUUGUUGUAGUGGAUCCAAACGGUCUGGGACUGGGUAUCAGCACGCAGUUUCUCAUUUACAGCAGCUACUUUGCGUUCAUAGCUGGAAUUUUCCUGAUCAGAAGCAUAUACACCAUUAUCUCCAUGAAAUGCACAAAUACCAGCAUGGCUGGUGAGCCCACUGGUCAUUAAGGAAUACUGCAGGAAGAUGAAAAGAAUGGCUGCAAGCAACACUUCAGAAGACUGCAUCAUCUAAACAAUUAACUAGGGGAAACUUAAAGCUCAACUAAACCUCUGCCUGUCACACAACCAACCAGACUUAUGAGCCUCCAACACAAAGAGCUUCUUAAACAGGAAGAUGCAUUUUCCUGGUUUCCUUCACCAGUAAGUUCUAAUACCAAACAGUCCUCAAUCCUCCGUUUCAACUCAAAUUCAAUGAUGCAGCCCUGAUGUAAAAACUUAUAUUUUUGUUUGAUGGAUUGCCUCCCCCUGCUCUGCCCUCGUGAGGCCCACCUGGUGUACUGCAGAGGCCCAGGGCCCCAGCACAAGAUGUGGAGCUGCUAGAACAGGCCCAGAGGACGACCAUGGAGAUGACCAGAGGGCUGGAGCACCUGUCCUACAAAUAAAGCUUGGGCUUGGAGAAGAGAAGGCUCCAGGGAGAUCUCAUUGUACUUUUUCAGUAGUUAAAUGGAACUUCAAAGCUGGAAGGGGACUGACUUUUUACAUGGUCUGAUAGCGAUAGGACAAUGGGAACAGCUUUCAACUAUUGAGAGAGCAGAGAUUUAGAUUACACGUUAGGAAUAAGUUAUUUACUCAGAAGACAGCAAGGCACUGUCAGAGAAGAGAUGGAUGCCCCAGUCCUGGAAGUGCUCAAGGCCGGGCUGGAUGGGGCUCUGGGCAGCCAGCACACAGUACAGGGUUGGACCUCCACGAUCUUUAAGGCUCCUUCCAACCUCAGCCAUCCUGUGAUUUUAUGAACACAAUAGGAGAAAAUUGCAUACAGAUGCCUGAAUCUCUCAGUGGCAGAGCUUAUAGAACAUCACCAGAGAACUUUCACUUUUACUGAAUAUUUUAAUUAAAUGCAGUUUACUCUCAUUUACAAGGCAUUCAAACAUUCCUGGGGAGCCUAAAGAAGCAAUUGUCUUACAGCAGCACACAGAUCUGUAAGACAGGUUGCCACAAACUUUCUGGACACUUGCACUUUUUCAACUGGAAGUUCUGACAUGAAUUUUUAAAGCAAGUUAAUACAAAUAAUAAUUAACCUUCCCUCACUCCACUUCAGCCCACAAAGAUGCUACGACUGCAUGUUCAACAGUGGAUUCAUACAUUCUCACAAAUGACCAAACACAUUCACUUCAGGUUCCAGACAGUGAAUCCCUUCUAUAUCUGAAGUUGUGUGACAUCAAGAAAAAUGCCAUUUUGUUCAGGAAAUGUUCCAGAUGCAGUGACAGCAGGACUGUGAAUCUGUUGAAGAUUUCUUGUACUCAUACCCUGGCUUUCCCUUUUAAAGGUCUGUCUUGAUAAAGAGAUCUUAGCUUAAACAGUCAGCAUACACCUUCAUUAUGUACAGCUAAUGGAGGUUUUCAGACAUACUUAUCUCUGGAAGCAAAAAAUCUCCUAAGCUAACUUUGUAUUUUUAAGCAAGCCAUUGGCAGAUACUUCAAUUCCUAUACAAGGCAGUCUUACUUAAAUAAAAACACUUAAAGGUUUAGAUACAAAGACAGCUUAUCAGUGACUUCUUUCAACUACAUUCAGUAAAGGGGCACUUUGGAGUCAUUUCUAUCAGAUAGCAGCAGUUUUCAUUAUGUUCCACUGCCACAAACUACCACAAAGUACAGAUUAGUUAAGAGCAAGAAGUAAUUGAUAUUUCCCCCUAUUCAGCUCACAAGGAAACCUUAACAAUUCAUUCCUCUAAAAACACUUUUUAAAAACAGCUCGAGCUUCCCUUUAUGACCCAGGAAGUUCUCCUUUCAGAGACAAGCACUUGUUCAAAGCUUAGUUACAUCCACUUAGAUGAACCAAUUUGGAUGAAGGAAGUACAGGAUUGUUUGAUUGAUUCAGUUCAUUUCUCAUCAGUAAGUAACUCUAAGCAUUCCACAAAUCCUUCUAAGUCCUUGCAGAUGCCCACUCUUUACUGCAUGUGUUAUUAUCCCAAUACAGAUGCCAACAAUAGAGAAGUCUAGUUACUAUGCUAAACAGCAGUGAAGCAUUGCUAGCACCAUGAAAACCCUCAACUGUUGGGAACUUGUUUAAUGAAUUCACCCAAAGAGAAUUAAUCCAUGCACCAUACUCCAUCCAUCAGCCCUUGUCAGAAGAAAAAGGAAGACUCCAAGUCUUUUAAUAUCAAACACAACAGGCCAGAAGAGACCUUUAAGCAAAGAAUACUACCUAUAAACUUCUUAUAUCCAUUGUCCUUUGGGAUCUCUAAAACUUAAAAGAAAUAAAAUAACAUGGAAAUUACCAUUCCCCACACAUAGGCAACACUAGUCAGAAGCACUGGCAUAUGAAGAGCAUUUCCACAGGCAGUGAUCAUGCCUGCCAGUUCCCCAAGGGACAAGCACAUCUCCACUCAAGCGGAUGACUACAAAAAGUUUCUUACCUUGAGGAAUUCUCCCAUUUAUUUCAAUCAACUCACACACUACUUUUCUCAAAAAAUCUCUAAUAAUUUGAUCUCAUUUAUUCCUGUUAUUCUGAAAGUUAGAACUUUAUUCUUAAGCUGGCCAGAAACCCUCCUUUAAGCUUGAGGUCUGGGUACUCACAGCAAGUGCACAGUAAUUGUUUAAUUUCAGUGUUACAUUUGAACAGAAGCCCAGUUAUCAGUGUUCAAAUUCCACCACUGAUUACUUUGAUGCACUUGCAUUCUUCUUGCAACUUCUCUACCAUAGAUUAGACAAACCAGACAUUUCUUCCUCUACAAAUGCUAUACUAAGAUGGCAGAAAACAUUCCAGAAAACUAAGAAAUCCAAUCAGUUAACUCAGUGUUCCACAGGAAGUCCUACUAAUACACACAAAUUUUAAUAAAAAGAGAACGACUCAAUCUGUGGUACCAAGGUCAUACGUACUGCUGCAGUCACAACUAAGUCAUGUUCAAAGACUCCACUAGCUGUCAGCAGUUAUGUCUUUCAGCAACUAACCAUUUUUCAAGUCACUACUCAUCUCAGUGCUCUCAGUGUCCUUCAUUACAUAGCUAUUAUCAGAGUUAUAUAAGAGUUCAUGUAAACUCAUUCCUGAUAGAUAAGCCACUUCACUUGAACAGCAGGCUUAAUCAUGAGGACAUAUUCAAGA